GUAUUUGUUAGAUUGUAUAGUCAUCAUCAUCCUGGUGAAUAAUGGGUUCUGGAGACUGGUUUAAGACCAUACUUAGCCGGAAGAAAGUGAAAGAGGAAAGACUCAAUCAACUAAAGGAACCUUUACCUACUGAAAAAUCAAAUGGGUUCAAGUGGAGACAUCUCUCUCGUAAAGAGUCAUCAAGUAAUUUCCCUAAUGGCAAUUCUAGUGGAAACCCUGCUGUACUUGGUAUGCCAGUUGAGGAUGUUGCAGCCACACGAAUUCAAACUGCAUUUCGGGUCUAUGUGGCAAGGAAAACUUUACGUCAUUUGAAAGGGAUUGUAAGGUUACAAGCACUGACCAAAGUCUAUACUGUUAAGAAACAAGCAUCAACUACUUUGAACUAUCUCCAUUCUUGGGGCAGAAUACAGUCCCAGAUUAGAGCUCGCAGAAUCUCCAUGGUAACUGAAGGCCGAAUUAAGCAAAAGAAGCUAGAGAAUCAAUUAAAGCUGGAUGCGAAGCUUCAUGAGCUACAGGUGGAAUGGUGUGGUGGCUCUGAAACCAUGGAGGAUAUUCUUGCCAGGAUGCACCAGAGAGAAGAAGCUGCAGUUAAGCGUGAGCGAGCCAUGGCAUAUGCAUUCUCUCAUCAGUGGAGGGCCAACUCUAGUCAGAACCAGGGGCAGUUUGCUUAUGAACUUGGCAAAGCUAACUGGGGUUGGAGCUGGAUAGAGCGAUGGAUUGCAGCUCGCCCGUGGGAGAGCAGAGUUCCUAUCAGCCCAAGUCCAAAGAAGAUCCAGAGUAAGCAGACAGACAAGGUUGGUAGAACUACAAGCCUGCCAACAGUGAAAAUCUCUGUUUCAUUCAAACCUACUUUGUCUAAUGGGAAGGGACCUACAAAGGCAAGGAGAUUGUCUUAUCCGAAUGCAGAAAAACCUGUUGAACAGAAGGCAAAUGCUAAUGUAUCAAGCUUUUCUGGUUCCGAAACCGAAGAAACAAACACAAAGCAAGAGCAGCCGGUGUCUCACUGAAGUAGUGAGAUGUUGUAGAAGUGUUGUUUCCGUGGUCCUGGCUGAUUAUAUCUAAUUGGCGACGA